AUGAAAAUGUCUAUAGUAAUGGGUAUAUUAUAUUUUCGUCUUGCUGUGGGUAAUUAUUGGGAGUGUUCUUCAUCAAAAAUUAUUCAGUUUUUAUGUAAAUGUUAUUGUGUUGUCUAUAUAAGCGUAUCUACUUAUGUUUACUUUUCAAUUGGGUUUGAAGCGGAUAGUCUCAAAGCUAAAUAUGAUGUUAAUUUGUUUUCUUUUCUAAUUAUAAACGGAGGUUUCGCUAUUUGGAAUAAACAAGAGUAUUUUACAAGAUUUCAUUCCGGUAUAAGGACCAUAGACAAUAUUAUUCAUUUCACAAAACCUAAAUCAGUAUGUCUAGUCGCUUACAUUACUUUGAUGGUCAUUAAAAGUGGUUUUAAUUUUACGGGUCAUAUUUUGUCACAACAAAGGUUUAUUCCAUUCUUCGCAAAUGAAAUGGCGGAAAUUUCAAAAACUAUAUCUAACUUACCUUCAGUUAUGAUAUAUGAGAUGUUGUGGUCACGAAUGGCAUUUCUACGCAAAUGGAUGAGUUCAAAGUUAAUGCAUGGAAAUCUUGAUGAAAAGCAGUUUUGUCUAAGGAAAUUUUUACAUCUGUACAAAACACUGCUUAAUAAUGUUACAAAUGUAUAUAAUAUACUAGUUAUGCAGGCAUUCAUGGAGCUGGUUUACUAUUUUGUGACAUUAUUAGCUGAUGUACAUUCGGCCAUCGUGUUAGUUAUUCGGAAAGGCACAUGGGAUAUAUCCUUGUCAAUUCUCAUUAUCUCCUCGACUAACUUUUUACUCUUGUUAUUGGGCCCAUUGUUUCUUGAACUGACGCUAAAGGAGUACGAGCAGCUGCUGUCUUUGAUUUCCACUGAACUUAUGCAAUCCAAAGAAGAUGCCUACCGUGAGCAGAUUCUCACCACGUUGGAUUAUUUAGAAGUCCGACCACCUCGCUACACGAUAUGGAGGAUUAUUUCAAUGAAUUUGAAGCAAAUGGUAACUGUAUUCGAUCUCCUAGUAACUUACGUUAUUGUACUGCUUUCGUUCCAAUUUUAA